AAGGACUUCGAGAAAGGCAGCAGCACAUAAAAAAGCCAUCCGCACUUUGUAUCUCAAAAAAGCCUCUUUUCUCAUCGCCCCCUCAAAUUCCCAUUCAAUCUAUACACACACCUACUGCAAAUAUGAGUGACCAAGGAGAAAAGACUUGUCCACUUUGCGCUGAGGAAAUGGAUUUCACAGAUCAGCAACUUAAGCCUUGCAAGUGUGGUUAUGAGAUCUGUGUUUGGUGCUGGCAUCACAUAAUGGACAUGGCUGAGAAGGACAAUGUGGAAGGCAGGUGUCCAGCAUGUCGUAGCCCUUAUAACAAGGAAAAGAUUGUUGACAAGGCAGCUCAGUGCGAAAGGUUGGUGACUGAGUUGAGUGUGGAAAAGAAAGUCAAGUUAAAGUCGAAAAGUAGAACGCCUGAUGGACGAAAAAACCUAAGCACUGUGCGAGUGAUUCAACGAAAUCUUGUCUACGUUGCUGGAUUGCCUCUUAAUCUGGCUGAUGAAGAUCUUUUACAACGAGAGGAUUAUUUUCCUCGAUAUGGGAAGGUGCAAAAGGUGUCUAUAUCCCGAACAGCUGGCGGGACCAUUCAACAGUUUCCAAAUAAUACUUGCAGUGUAUAUAUUACUUAUUCAAAGGAGGAGGAAGCUGUUCGUUGCAUUCAAUCAGUGCAUGGGUACAUAUUGGAGGGUAGACCUUUAAGGGCCUGCUUUGGAACCACCAAAUAUUGCCAUGCAUGGCUGAGGAACAUGCCUUGCAGCAAUCCAGAUUGUUUAUACUUGCAUGAAUUUGGUACACAAGAAGAUAGUUUUAUUAAAGACGAAAUAGUAUCAUCAUGCACCAGGAAUAGAGUUGAACAGAUUACUGGUGCUACAGUUGAUAUGCAACGUCGUUCAGGGAAUGUAUUACCUUGGCCAGCAGAUGAGUUCUGCAACAAUAGCUCUUCUACACCAGGUGUAUGUAACAGUAAAAGUUCAACAAAUAAUGUUGACAUCUGUUCUGACAGUAUAUUGGAAUCUUCUGUCUGGCAAACUCCAGCAAGUAGUGUUAGGGGAUCUCCACCAAACAGUAGCUGUAGUAAAUCUGUAGUUCUUCCAGCAGCAGCAUCCUGGGGAAUGCGUGCCUCAAAUCGGCAACCAUCUGUGGCAAGUUCAACAAGCUCAAACGGACCUUCAAAGCAGAAAUCAGAUGCAUGUGGCAUUUCAGUAGCUUAUUCAACCGCAAUAGCGAGCCCUGCCAAGGUCUCUGUAAUGCACAGUGAUUCCGGAAAGAAACUUAAUGGUGAAAUUCGGUUGACUGAGCAGAGGAAUCAAGCAGAGCCAGUGGCAUCUGUUGAAUUAUAUCUGGAUAAAGAUCAACAGAGGAAGCUAUCUAAGACUUCUGCCGUGAUUGGACAUUCUAUCAAUCAAGUAGUAAGUAGCCAGAUUUCCACACCAUCACUAAAGGUAGAUGAAUCCAUGAGCAUGCCAACUGAUAUAGUGAAGUCGGUUGAUUCCAGGGGACAGUCUUGUGUUACUAAUCCAGAAAGAGGUGGAGAAAGUAGGGUUCCGGAAUUAUGUUCUGAUAUAUUGUCACUGAAUAUAGAUAAUCAAGGGCUGCCACAUAAAGAAGCAGAAUACAGUAAAUUUUCACAAUCCCAUAUUUCCAAAAAAGUGGCAUCUACCAAUAAGGAUCCUGUUGCUCCAAGAGAUCAGUCUGAAUUCAGAUUUGAGUCGCAAUAUUCUGUAGCAGAAACUGACACUUCUGAAGUUAAAAAUGAUAUCCGGAGUUUUUGGAAUUCAGAAGCUGUCAAUUGUGCAGAUAGCCAGCCUAAUCUUUCUCAGUUAUUAGAUAGUUCCAGGGCCUCUUAUCCUCAAAAGGCUUACAGUUCACCCAAUGUAAAUGCUGAUUCUCAACCAAUUAAGGUCUCUGCACAAGAAUAUAAUAUUCCCAUUAUGUCAAACGGGUAUCCUGAGAAUCAAACUAGAAGUUUUAAUGAUAUGAGUAGUUCUGAAAAAAAUUCUUCCCAUGUGGCACCAAAUGCUACAAGAAUGAUGAGUGUUGGAAGAUAUGGAAGCGAGCUAGUAAACCACGACAUUAUUUCUGAUGACAACCUGGGAGAGAGCAGCAUCAUAUCUAAUAUCUUAUCAAUGAACUUUGAUUCAUGGGAUGACUCGAUAGCUUCACCUCAGAAUUUGGCUAAAUUACUAGGUGAUACUGAUAAACAGCAGGGAACCCUUGGUGUAUCAAGUUCAAGGAAAACACAAAACAGCAAUCAGUCUAGGUUCUCUUUUGCAAGAGAAGAGGAUCAAACAUUCAAUUAUGGUCCAUCUUUUACUGGGUUUGACCAAACAUCAAAAAUUCACUCUUUUACCAAUACAGACAAUGGAAAUUAUAAUGCUAGCGAAAUAACCAAUGAUUUUCCUACAUUUGGUGCCCAGCAACCUCGUAAUUCUGCAAGCUCCAAUUCUCAUAAUUCUCUUAACAGGUUUCCUGUUUCCAGAGCACCUGUAUCAGCGCCUCCUGGGUUUUCUGGGCCCAACAGAGCUCCACCACCAGGUUUUACUACUUAUGACAGAAUGGAACAGACAUUUAUUGACAUAAACUCUGGGAAUAAUUUGCCUGACAACUUGUCUUUUAUGAGAAAUACAAAUCAAUCGCUGUCAACUAUGCAUUUUGAUUCUACCAAUGCAGAUAUUGAGUUUAUCGAUCCUGCAAUUUUGGCAGUAGGUAAAGGGAGAUUCCCUGGUGGGCUUAGCGGUCCUGGUUUAGACAUGAGGUCCAGUUAUCCUACCCAGAUGCCCAACUAUGAGAGUGAGUCGAGAUUGCAACUAAUGAUGCAGAGAUCUCUUUCAUCACCGCAGAACUCUAGAUAUUUAGAUAUUGGGGACAGCUUUUCUUCUCGUUUAGAUAAUCAUGGGACAUCUCCGAGGAUUUUGGAACAAGCCUUGGGCAACAAUGGAUCUCAGUAUUCUCAAUUUGGUUUAACACAGUCCAGGAAUCAACUGAUAUCUAGUGGCAACUGGGAUGGUUGGAGUGGGGUUAAGGGAGGAAAUGACUCAAGUAUGGCAGAGUUUCUUAGAUCGGAAAGAUUAGGAAUAAACAAGUACUUUACUGGUUAUGAGGAUUCGAAGUACAGGAUGCCCAAUUCUGGGGAUCUAUAUAAUCAACAAUAUGGAAUUUGAACUUUGUUGAGUCUAGUCCCUUUAAUUAUGCAUUAUUGACCGUAUCUAGCGUGACUUCACAGUGUUGGACUGAGAACAUGAUGCUUGAUUUGGGCUGGUUGUAACCGUGCGGUUGCUGAAGGACUGAACCGUCUGAAAAUUAUCUCAUCCAAAACCAGCCAGGCAUGAAGGCCGCAUGACACAGGAAGGUGCAAGAUCUAUAUAGCCCUUGGUUCAUUAUGCUGACAUAGCUCCAGCCUCCAUGUUUAAAACAGAGAAUUGGGAAGACUCCACAAUUAAUUUUGCAUCAUCAAACUCCAUAUUGGAGUGAUUCUAUCUUUUAUCGUACUGUUGCGUGAACUGAAAAUUCGUUUUACUCUGGGAGUUGCAACUUCUGUAUAUGAAUGUAAUGUGAGAGUGCUAAUAGUUAUAAACUUUUUUCUCUAUGUAGUGUUGUUUUAUUUUUAAUAAAAUUGCUUUUGUUCUUUGA